CGGAUUUUACAAGAAACAAGGAGGCAAGGGAUUUGGGGGUUAGAUACGGACUUCGUACUAUUAUGACUUUUUUUCUGUAAACGACUUAGGUUAUAUAUGUAAAAUCAUGUUGAUGCUUUUUUUUCAUAGCCAGACCAAUUUCAUUAUGCAGCUUUCGUGACAUCACUGGAACGAACUGCCAAGAAACCGUUGUAAUGCAACCAUAUGCCGAUGCCUUGACUUUAUAGGCUACAGCUAAUUUUCUGGGAUGCUCUGGGCUAUAUUAUACUCAAGACGUGGGGCGUUUAGUGUAAAUCCGCUCUUUUCCCCCCAGCAGAACAACCCAUUUGAAAUCGUACGGUAUCUUCAUUUUGUCACGCGCGCAUUGGGUUCCUUUUGUGGCGCCGGGGCUGCGAACGGAGGAGGUUGAAUGUGAAACAAUAGAGCGCAAAUACAGCCCAAGCACAAGGACGGAAACCCACGACUGAAAAACGCGAGCGCCUCUGUGACAAAGAACUCAAGAACAUGAAGAAGCCAGCCCGCGCUGCACUGAUUUGGUUAAAGUAAUCACUGGAUAUAUUUCGGGCUACAUUGUCUCUUGAAAUCCCCUAGUAGAAAACAUGAAUUCUGCUGAAGCAGCCGAGGAGGGACCGAAUGAUUCAGAUACGGAUGCUUUUUUCAAAACCGGGUCCUUCAGAAACGAUGGGAUUAAGGCGUCUGAUGUCCUGCCUGUGCUGAAAGAGAAAGUGGCCUUUGUGUCAGGAGGUCGUGAUAAGAGAGGUGGCCCCAUACUGACCUUCCCUGCCAGAAGCAACCAUGAUAGAAUAAAACACGAGGAGCUGCGACAGCUGGUGACGUACCUCUCCACUGUGCCCAGUGAGGAUGUGUGCAAGCGAGGCUUCACGGUCAUCAUUGAUAUGCGCGGCUCCAAGUGGGACCUGAUCAAGCCUCUGCUGAAGACCCUGCAGGAAGCCUUCCCCGCCGAGAUCUGCGUGGCGCUGAUUAUCAAACCCGACAACUUCUGGCAGAAGCAGAAGACCAACUUUGGCAGUGCCAAGUUCACAUUUGAGACUAGCAUGGUGUCAGUGGAGGGCCUGACUAAGUUGGUGGACCCGUCCCAGCUGACGGACGACUUUGAGGGCUCUCUGGAGUACAAACACGAGGAGUGGAUGGAUCUGCGCGUGGCCCUGGAGGAGUUCAUGGGCUCGGCCGUGCACCUCCUCUCCCGCCUGGAGGACCUCCAGGAGCUGCUGGCCAAGAAGGAGUUCCCGGUGGACGUGGAGGGCUCCCGGCGGCUCAUCGACGAGCACACGCAGCUCAAGAAGAAGGUGAUGAAGGCUCCCGUGGAGGAGCUGGACAGGGAGGGCCAGAGGCUGCUUCAGUGUAUCCGGUCUAGUGAUGGUUUUUCUGGGAGGAACUGCAUCUCGGGCAGCGCCGACUUCCAGAGCGUGGUGCCUAAGAUCGCCAGCCUGCUGGACAAGCUGCACUCGACCAGACAGCACCUGCACCAGAUGUGGCACGUCCGCAAGCUCAAACUGGACCAGUGUUUCCAGCUUCGCCUCUUUGAGCAAGACGCAGAGAAGAUGUUUGACUGGAUCAGUCACAAUAAGGAAGUGUUCCUGCAGAGCCACACAGAGAUCGGCGUCAGCUACCAGCACGCCCUGGACCUCCAGACGCAGCACAAUCACUUUGCCAUGAAUUCUAUGAACGCCUAUGUGAACAUCAACAGGAUCAUGUCGGUGGCGACGCGGCUGUCGGAGGCGGGCCACUACGCCUCGCAGCAGAUCAAACAGAUCUCGGCCCAGCUGGACCAGGAGUGGAAGAGCUUCGCCGCCGCCCUGGACGAACGCAGCACCAUCCUGGCCAUGUCGGCCGUCUUCCACCAGAAGUCGGAACAGUUCCUGGCUGGGGUGGAGGCCUGGUGCAAGAUAUGCAGUGAAGGGGGGCUGCCCUCAGAGAUGCAGGACCUGGAGCUGGCCAUCCACCACCACCAGACCCUCUAUGAACAGGUGACCCAGGCCUACACUGAGGUCAGUCAGGACGGCAAGGCCCUACUGGAUGUCCUCCAGAGACCACUGAGCCCGGGGAACUCGGAGUCUCUGACGGCCACAGCCAACUACUCCAAGGCGGUCCACUGUAUCCUGGACGUGGUCCACGAGGUCCUGCACCACCAGAGACGCCUGGAGAGCAUCUGGCAGCACCGCAAAGUCCGCCUGCACCAGAGGCUACAGCUCUGUGUGUUCCAACAGGACGUCCAACAGGUGAUGGACUGGAUAGAGAACCAUGGAGAGGCCUUCCUUAGCAAACACACGGGCGUGGGCAAGUCCCUCCACCGCGCCAGGGCACUGCAGAAACGCCACGACGAUUUUGAGGAGGUGGCACAGAACACCUACACCAACGCAGACAAGCUCCUGGAGGCGGCCGAGCAGCUGGCCCAGACUGAAUGUGACCCGGAGGAGAUCUACAAAGCAGCGCGACACCUGGAGGUCAGGAUCCAAGACUUUGUCCGGCGGGUGGAACAGAGGAAACUGCUGCUGGACAUGUCGGUCUCCUUCCACACCCACACCAAGGAGCUGUGGACGUGGAUGGAGGACCUGCAGAAGGAGCUGUUGGAGGAGGUGUGUUCAGACUCAGUGGAGUCGGUCCAGGAGCUCAUCAAGCAGUUCCAGCAGCAGCAGACGGCCACCCUGGAGGCUACGCUUAACGUCAUCAAGGAGGGAGAGGACCUCAUCCAGCAGCUCAGGGACGCUGCAAUGUCCACCAACAAGAUGCCCCACAACAGCUCCAUCGCCCACAUUGAGAGUGUCCUGCAGCACCUGGACGAGGCCCAGGGCCAGAUGGAGGAGCUGUUCCACGAGAGGAAAAUCAAACUGGACAUCUUCCUGCAGCUACGCAUCUUUGAGCAGUACACCAUCGAGGUGACGGCGGAGCUGGACGCGUGGAACGAGGACCUGCUGCGCCAGGUGAACGACUUCAACUCGGAGGACCUGACCCUGGCCGAGCAGCGGCUGCAGCGCCACACGGAGCGCAAGCUGGCCAUGAACAACAUGACCUUCGAGGUGAUGCAGCAGGGACAGGACCUGCACCAGUACAUCAUGGAGGUCCAGGCCUCAGGCAUUGAGUUGACUGGGGAGAAAGAGGUGGAUCUGGCCACUCAGGUCCAGGAGCUGCUGGAGUUCCUCCAUGAGAAGCAGCAUGAGCUGGACGUCAGCGCUGACCAGACCCAGAAGAGACUGCAGGAGUGUCUGCAGCUCCGCCAUCUGCAGUCAGAGGUCAAACAGGUCCUGGGCUGGAUCCGGAACGGGGAGUCCAUGCUGAACGCCAGCAUGGUGAAUGCCAGCUCGCUGUCAGAGGCAGAGCAACUCCAGAGGGAGCAUGAGCAGUUCCAGCUGGCCAUCGAGUCCCUUUUCCAUGCCAAUUCCCUCCAGAAGACGCACCAGAGUGCACUGCAGGUGCAGCAGAAGGCUGAGGUCAUGCUCCAGGCGGGCCAUUUUGACCCGGACGGCAUACGGGCCUGCGCCGAGAAGGUGGCCAUGCACUGGCAACAGCUCAUGCUCAAGAUGGAGGAUCGACUCAAGCUGGUCAACGCUUCUGUGGCCUUCUACAAGACCUCAGAGCAGGUGUGCAGUGUGCUGGAGAGUCUGGAGCAAGAGUACAGGAGAGAUGAGGACUGGUGUGGUGGCCAUGACAAGCUGGGAGCCAUGGCCGAGACGGACCAUGUCAUCCCCCUCAUCAGCAAACACCUGGAGCAGAAGGAAGCCUUCCUCAAGGCAUGCACGUUGGCCAGGAGAAAUGCUGAGGUGUUCCUGAAGUAUAUCCACAGGAACAACGUGGGUAUACCUGGUGCUUCAGGCCACGCCAGAGGACCCGAGCAGCAGGUUAAAGCCAUCCUCAAUGAGCUGCUCCAGAGGGAGAACCGGGUUCUGCACUUUUGGACCAUGAAGAAACGGCGCCUGGAGCAGUGCCAGCAGUACGUGGUGUUCGAACGCAGCGCCAAACAGGCCUUAGACUGGAUCCAGGAAACAGGAGAGUAUUACCUCUCCACUCACACCUCCCCUGGAGAGAGCGGCGAGAGGAGUCAGGAACUGCUGAAGGAGUACGAGGAAUUCAGAGUCUCCGCCAAGCAAACCAAGGAGAAGGUGAAGCUCCUCAUUCAGCUGGCCGACAGCUUUGUGGAAAAGGGCCAUGUGCACGUCACCGAGCUGAAGAAGUGGGUCACCACGGUGGACAAGCGCUACCGAGACUUCUCCCUCCGGAUGGGGAAGUACCGUUCUAGCCUGGAGAAAUCACUGGGCAUCAGCUCCGAGGAUAAUAAGGACUUGGAGCUGGACAUCAUCCCAGCCAGCCUGACCGAUCCUGGGGAGGUGAAGCUCCGCGACCCCAACCACGAGGUCAACGAGGAGAAGAGGAAGUCAGCCAGGAAGAAAGAGUUCAUAAUGGCUGAACUCCUUCAGACUGAGAAGGCCUACGUCAGGGACUUGCAUGAAUGUUUAGAGACGUACCUGUGGGAGAUGACAAGUGGGGUGGAGGAGAUUCCUCCUGGCAUCGUCAACAAGGAGCACAUCAUCUUUGGCAACAUCCAGGAGAUUUAUGAUUUCCAUAACAGCAUUUUCCUCAAAGAGCUAGUGAACUAUGAGCAGCUACCUGAAGAUGUGGGCCAUUGUUUUGUCACAUGGGCUGAUAAAUUCCACAUGUACGUCAAUUACUGUAAAAACAAACCGGAUUCCAGCCAACUCAUCUUGGAGCAUGCUGGAAGCUUCUUCGAUGAAAUCCAGCAGCGACACGGAUUGGCUAACUCCAUCUCCUCGUACCUUAUCAAGCCAGUGCAGAGGAUCACUAAGUACCAGCUUCUCCUCAAGGAACUGCUGACCUGCUGUGAGGAGGGGAAGGGGGAGAUUAAGGACGGCCUGGAGGUGAUGCUUAGUGUCCCCAAGAGGGCCAACGACGCCAUGCACGUCGCCAUGCUGGAAGGUUUCGAUGAGAAUCUGGACGUGCAGGGAGAGCUGUUCAUCCAGGACACCUUCCAGGUGUGGGAUCCCAAGUCUCUGAUCCGGAAGGGCCGGGACCGUCAUCUCUUCCUGUUCGAGAUCUCCCUGGUGUUCAGCAAGGAGAUCAAGGACUCGGCCGGACGCACCAAAUACGCCUUCAAGAACAAACUGCUGACAUCAGAGCUGGGCGUGACGGAGCACAUUGAAGGGGACCCCUGUAAGUUUGCUCUGUGGGCUGGAAGGACCCCCUCAUCUGAUAACAAGACUGUCCUCAAGGCGUCCAGUAUUGAAGCAAAGCAGGAGUGGAUCAAGAACAUCCGGGAGGUGAUCCAGGAGAGGAUCAUCCACCUCAAGGGGGCGCUGAAGGAGCCCAUCCACAUGCCCAAAACCCCGGCCAAGCCACGCAACAACAGCAAGAGGGAUGCUGGUGAGGAUGCAGACAGCCAGGGUGACGGCAGCAGCCAGCCAGACACCAUCUCCAUCGCUUCUAGGACUUCUCAGAACACUGUGGACAGUGAUAAGCUCUCUGGAGGCUGUGAGUUGACAGUGGUGCUGCAGGACUUCACAGCAGGUUGUUCCAGCGAGCUUAGCCUUCAGACGGGUCAGACGGUAGAGCUACUGGAGAGGCCCAGUGACCGCCCCGGCUGGUGUCUGGUGCGGACCACCGACCGUAGCCCCCCUCAGGAGGGCCUGGUGCCCAGCUCGGCCCUCUGUGUCUCUCACUCCCGCAGCAGCGUGGAGAUGGAGUGCUUCUUCCCCACAGGGAAAGAGAACUACUCGGUCAGCGGGCCCGAAGGAGCGAAGACCGAGUCGGUGGCCAACCUGCAGUCCCAGGCCUCCCUGAGCUCCAUCCAGUCCAGCUCUCCGGGACCGAAGCGCUCGGGCAACACCCUGAAGAAGUGGCUGACCAGCCCUGUGCGUCGCCUCAGCCACGGCAGCAGCGUCAAGAAGUUCCCCAGCAAGCACAAGAAGAGGGACGGCCGCAAGAGCAUCGACCUGGGGCCGCCUGAGAGCUCCCUGCACGACGGGAGCGUAGACGAGAGGUGCAGGAAGGAGCGCACCCUGUCCAAGUCCUCUGGAAUGCAGAGCGGAGGAGAGGAGGAGCCCGAGGAUGACUCGCACACCCCCCUGCCGCCCCCCAUGGAGAUCAUCAAGGACCCCUCAUCCCAGGAGGAGAAGAAUCUGGAGCCAGGUGCCUACCCCAGCUUCACCACUUUGACCCCUCCGGAACAGACCAGCCCAGCCCUGCCCAGGAACCCUGAAAUGGAUCAGAAGGCCAAGGCUCUGCGCGGACGCAUGUUUGUCCUCAAUGAGCUGGUGCAGACUGAGAAGGACUAUGUCAAGGACUUGGGGAUUGUAGUGGAGGGGUUCAUGAAGACGAUCGAGGAUAAGGGAGUCCCUGAAGAUAUGAAAGGAAAAGACAAAAUCGUUUUCGGGAAUAUUCACCAGAUCUACGACUGGCACAAAGAUUUUUUUGUGGGUGAGCUGGAGAAAUGUCUCGAAGACAACGAGCACCUUCCUGAGCUUUUCAUUAAACAUGAGAGGCGACUACACAUGUAUGUGGUUUACUGCCAGAACAAGCCCAAGUCUGAAUUCAUUGUCGCCGAGUACGACACGUUCUUCGAGGGCGUACAGCAAGAGGUCAGCUCAAGACUUGGCAUAAGUGACUUCCUCAUAAAGCCAAUUCAGAGAAUUACCAAGUAUCAGCUGCUUCUAAAGGACUUCUUAAAGUAUAGUUCCAAAGCAGGACUAGAUUGCCAAGAGAUGGAGAAGGCAGUUGGUUUAAUGUCCCAGGUCCCCAAGCUCUGCAAUGACAUGAUGAAUCUUGGCAGACUACAAGGCUAUGAGGGUAAGCUGACCAGCCAGGGUAAACUGCUGCAGCAGGAGACGUUCUUUGUAACGGAACAGGACACGGGAGUGUUGUCGCGCAGCAAGGAGCGCAGGGUCUUCCUCUUUGAGCAGAUCGUCAUCCUCAGCGAGCUCCUCCGCAAGGGCUCGUCCACCCCAGGCUACCAGUUCAAGAAGAGCAUCAAGGUGAGCUACCUGGGCUUGGAGGAGCAUGUGGACAACGACCCUUGUAAGUUUGUGCUGUCGUGUCGAGGCUCGGCCGAGCGAUUCACCCUGCAGGCGGCCAACCUGGACAUCAAGCAGGUGUGGGUCCAACAUGUCAGCCAGGUCCUGGAUGCCCAGAGCAACUUCCUGUCUGCCCUGCAGUCUCCCAUUGAGUACCACAAGGAGAAGGGUUGUUCCCAAUCCCUCACCAGAAACCCGUCGGGCAGUCGGCCCCCCAGUUCCAACAGCAGGCCCCUCUCCUCCUCCUCUGUGGGGGCAGAGAAGCCCCCCCUGGCAGGACCGGGAAGGACCCCAACUCCUCUCAAACUAUCUACCUCCAACGGCAGCUCCUGCUUUGACCCCAUGAAACACAGCGAACGCUAUGACUCCACGAGGCAGCAUGACGGCAUUGGAUGUAACGGCAUGUCCUCCACCAUGAUGGUGACCCAGGACUACAGUGCACUGAAGGAGAAUGAGAUCUGUGUGAUCCAGGGCGAGAUGGUGCAGAUCAUGGCCACCAACCAGCAGAACAUGUACCUAGUGUACCGGCCCGCCAACAGCCAGUCCCCUGCGGCCGAGGGCUGGGUCCCAGGCCACAUCCUGGGCCCCCUCACUAAAACGCUCAAAGACAGUACUGCUGACGCAAGCAUCAAGUAAGUGUCCCUCAGCCUCGCCCCCACCCCCACAGAGCUGCUCUUAUUGGAUGAGGUGAAAGUUGAAUCUGCUCCAAUACCCCCCCCACACACACACACACACACCGCCAACCCCCAUUAUGGGAACUAACUCGGAACUGUUGGACGACAACAGGGGUCAUUUUUUUCUCCUUAUUUUCUUUGUUAAUAUAUGUAAAGGCUUCAUGAGUAAUUCUCUGAAAAGAGUAAAAGGACUUUAGAGAAUCAUGGCUUCAUGUAGAGAAGACGCACCGAGAAUCUUACAUCAAUGUGGAACUGACUGGUCUGGGCUUUGAUUUCUGUUUCUAACACACGUUUUUUUACUUGACAUGUUUUGAAAAAAAGAAAGGCCUUUUGAUGGACUGGGGCCUAUUUCUCCAAGUGGAGAAAGUUUGUUAUUGUCUAUGGCAAUUUGUACAGAUUGUGGUUUUUGUUAUUUUUGUGUUAAUUUUUUUUUCUUCAUAUUUUAUUUGUUUAAUAUUAUCAGAUAUGUUGGCAGUUUACUGUAAAAAAGUUAAUUUGUUUUGUUUACUGAUGCGCUCUCUCCAGUACAUUCCUGUAUAAUGUAUUUUGCACUAUUUAAGAGAAUCCAUAUUAAUGAAGUCAGGUUGUGCAAUAUAAUUAUAGUCACAAUGUUCAUCAUUGUACUUGUAGUCUGACUAAUCAUUUUAAAUGUAUUUUAAAUAUGUAAAAUACCAUUUUGACAUGAGUAGUUUGCAAGGCAACAUAAGUUGAACUUGUUUUGCGUUAGAAAAUCAGUUACAUUGUUAAUAUUGGUAAAUACUAUGACACUGCACUAGUGCUGUCCGGGUCAGCUGUUUUGUUUUCCCAGCCCGCAAUUGCUAAUAACCCAUCAGCAACUGCCCAACUAUAUGUGAUAAAGUGAAAAUCUGAGGCCCGCAAUUGACCCUAGCCCUCUAAUAUAGAACUAGUGCAGGCCCAGUGCACUACUUUUGUUAAAAAAAUAAAUUUGCAAUUUAUUUUCAUUAUUAUUAAUAUUGUUUUUUUUUAUUUUCCGAUUUUUCAGCACCCCUACUUCCUGCGGCUAUGCUGAUUUAGAUAUGUUUCUGCUUAUAAUUUCUGACAUUUUGAUAGGCUGUUUAUUAGUCAACUUGUCUAUAAUUAGAUACAUGCAGCUUCUCUUCUGUCAUUAUAUGUCGCCCUAGAAGACUAAGUAAACCCUUUCUCACCAGAAUGUAAUAAAUCGAUAAAAUGAAUGCUUCAAUCUUGUUGACGUCGGUAAAGUUUCCUGUCGUCUGCUUAUCGGGGAGAGAACUCAAUAACAAAAAACAAAUUGGAAAGAUUUCUGUGCAAAAUGUCCAAAUGACAUCGGUAUGAACGCUUGUAAGGAAAUAGAAAGCUAUGAAAACGACCCAACAUGUUUUCGGUUUGGCUCGGAUGCAUAUUUUAUGUGUUUUAGAUACUAAAGAUAGCAUCUCUACACACUGUAUCUCACUGCACAUUCACAUUCUCUCAAAAUUCUGAAAGAAAUAAAUCAUAUUUCUCUACUCCUGUUCCCGAGUCAAAAUGUAGCCUACAUUUGGUAUAUGAUUUUACUGCAAGAAAUUCUUAAUUCUGCAGGAGUUAAUAUUAUGCGAGAGGUUAUAGACCUAAAGUCAGUGUCCAGUUCCCUUGACGUCUUGUGACUGUCGAAUUUGUACAGCGCCUCACAAUCGUCACACAAGUCGUUACUGCUAUUGUCCACUUUUACCACGUCACCAAAUCUCUCCCAAACGUGACUUUUCUGGCCCUCCCUUCUCUUUAUUUUCAACUCUCCGUCUAGCAGCUUUUCCCUUAUUGAAUUCAACUCUGACAUUGUCCUUUUUGCAUCUGUGGAUCGAUGUGAUUUUUGUUUUCUCCCCGUCCCCAAAAGCCCUAAACCACGGGGACUGGGGGUUAUGGGUCAACCGUGCAUCACUACCCCGCAGUCAAACCGCAUGUUUCUCCACUGACCAUUUGCUCUUACAGCGUGAGACCUAGACUCCAUUCUUAUCUCACAUUGAGCAUAAAAUAACAGUGAGAUCAGUUCAACCUGUUCUUUUUUUAUCAUGUUGAUUUCAAUUUGUAAAAAAUCAAAUAAAACGUUUCAUUUGUGGCUUUUA